CAAAAGCCCGUGUAUCCAUUAUAAAGACUCCCCGAUUUUGAAUACGGUUUUGCAGUUUGCUCAUGUAAUUCCGCGCAAACACAAGCACGAAAACCCCACUUUUAAACCUUCUCAUCUUGUUGGUUUUGUCCUUGUUAAACUAGCUCCAUCACAAAAAUGAGCACUUCCGGUAAAAAAGCCACAGCAACCGCCCUGGCGCAAAAAUACGCGCCACAGAUCGCGAACAAGACCGUCUUGGUAACCGGCGUCUCACCGAAUUCCCUGGGCGCCACCUUUGUGACCGCCAUCGCCGUCGCGUCCCCGGCCCUGCUUAUUCUUGCUGGCCGCAACGCCGCCAAGGUCGAGGAGACGACAAAGGCUAUCCAGGCCGCCGCCCCGCACGUACCGGUCCGCUUUUUAAACCUGGACCUGGCCGACCGCGAGUCGGUGCGCAAGGCCGCCGGGGAGGUGCUGUCGUGGCAAGAUGUGCCGGGCAUCGACGUCUUGGUGAACAACGCCUGCCUUAUAGGCUCCGAAUAUAAACUUAUCGACGGGUUCGAGGCGCAUUUUGUCGUCAAUUACCUCCACCCCUUUUUGUUUACCAAUCUGCUACUCCCCAAAGUGAUUGCGGUCAAGGGGCGGGUGGUUAAUGUGGCGAGCGACUGCCACCGGUGGCACCACAUCCGCUUUUCGGAUCUCAAUUUUGAUAACGGUAAAAUCUACAACAUGUGGCAAGCCUACGGCCAGUCCAAAACGGCAAACAUGCUCUUCUCGCUGGCGCUGGCUCGCAGGCUGGGCGGCCGUGGCAUCGUGACCAACAGCGUGCACCCAGGCAUUAUACAGACCAAUGCAGCGUCACAUUUGGAUCCUGCCGAGAUAUUACGACUCAUUGAGGAAGUUGAGCGACAAUGCGGCCUCGCGAACCAAGCCUUUCUUUCAUAUAAAACGGUGGACGAGGGGACGGCCACGCACGUCUAUGCCGCGUUCGAGCCCGGGUUGAAAGACCACAACGGCGCCUACUUGCUCGACAGCCACGUCGCCGAUCCCGUGGAGGACCCGGUUGCGCCUUGGGGGACGAGCGAGGCUGACGCGGAGAAGCUGUGGCGGCUGAGUGAGAAGCUACUAGGAGAGAAGUUUGAGUGGUGAUGUUGUGGUUUGGUUCAAGCACGCCAAGCAAAUAGAGGCAAGCUGCAGAGACGUGAGCAAACAAUUGUUUCCCCAAGAAAUUAUAAAUUAUAACCUCUGAAUAGAUAUGAACUUCAUGC